GCCUUGUGGAGGGCGCCGGGAGGGAAGGCUGUGGGUGAGGAAGUCUGGAGUCAAGAUGGAAGAUGUGGGCUGCUCCGCGGCUCUGGGCGACCCGGCCGCCGCUGGGUCCCCGAAGGACCUGAGCCUGGUGCCGGAGCGAAUUCAGAGGCGCGAGCAGGAGCGGCAGAUGGAGGUGGAGAGGCGCAAGCAGAAGCGGCAGGACCAGGAGGUGGAGGAGGAGAAGAGCGGCUUCUUCGCCGCCGCCUUCGCUCGUGAGCGCGCGGCGGCCGAGGAGCUGCUGCGGGGCGAGGCGUCGGCCGAGCGGCUGGAAGAGGCGGCCUACCGACUGCAGGGGCUACGGAAGCUCCUGAACGACUCGGUUCUCUUCCUGGCGCCCUACGAUCUGCGGCAGGGCCAGGCGGCGCUGGUGCAGCUGCAGGCGACCCUCGCUGAGCGGCGCCAGGAGCUGCAGCCCAAAAAGCGCUUCGCCUUCAAGGCGCGGAAGAAGGAUGCUGCUGGGUCCACCCAAGUAGACGCCGCACCCGUCGCUUCGGCGGCCCCUUCGCCGCCCUUAGCCACGGAGGAGGGAGCUCCCGGCCUCGGCUGGGCUUGCGGCUUCUCCAACCUGGAGUCCCAAGAUUUGGAGAAGAACGCCGACGAGCUGCACCAGCGCGACAUCCUUUUGAGCGACCUGACCAACUGCACUGUCAGACUGCGUGGCAACCCCAACACCCUGAGGCUGGCAAAAGCCCGCGGCUGCAAGGUUCUCUGCGGCCCGGUGUCCACCUCGGUGUUCCUGGAGGACUGUCGUGACUGCAUACUGGCUGUGGCUUGCCAACAGCUCCGCGUACACACCACCAAAAACACGCGCAUCUUCCUACAGGUGACCAGCAGGGCCAUCGUGGAGGACUGCAGCGGCAUCCAGUUCGCCCCGUACACCUGGAGCUAUCAGGGGAUCGACAAGGACUUCCAGGACUCCGGUUUAGAUAGGGGCAGAAAUAACUGGAACCACAUAGACGAUUUCAAUUGGCUGGCCCGAAACGUGGCCUCUCCAAACUGGAGUAUUCUCCCUGAAGAGGACCGGGACAUCCAGUGGGAGUGAGGGCGGGCACGCUCAGAGAUAGCCCAUUCAGUUUACUUGAUGUCGUCACGUUGUUUAUGUUUGCGGUAUGAGGGGCUUGAAACGGUUGACACUCCCCUCCUUGUGAGUUCCAUUAAAUUCAUGACAGCCGACAGGGGCUUUUGCUACUUUGA